UCAUGGUCUGUCGGGCAUUUCCCAGUUGUGAAAUUCUGAUAUGUGGUUGCUAAAACCUUCCAUUUAUAUUGAAUGUGCAUUAUUUGACCACACCGGGUUUUUUUUGUUUUUUUUAUUGUUUUGCAUGAAAUCAUGUUUUGGUGAAGACAAGCGAGAUUUUAUUGUGAUAGGGUUGCUCAUGGAACACCGCUCUUUAUGACCGUAGUUCCAACUGCUUUGAAAUGUAUUUUUAGUACAACCUCUUGCAAUCGUGUAUUUUCAAAAUUCUGGCAAAAAAGCUCCGACUAGCGACAGCAAAAUCGCCAAGAAACACAAAAGCCCUUCGCAAGCGAGCAACAGCAUCACACAGGCGCGAGCUGACGACACGCGAGGUGGAAAGAGAGCAGGCGAGGAGGAAAGCAUGCAAGGAGGCUCACACAUUGCCCCAGACAGCAGGAAUGCGUGGCGCAGUCGCACAGUUGCCCAGGCAACUGAACCCAAGACCUGUGGGAGCUCAUGCUCGGAUCACGUCCUCAAUGGAGCCAGAGCCUUCCGGGACGAUGGGGACAGCGAGAGCGACUCCUCUUCCCCAAGAAGCGAACUGGUUGAGUCACAACCCACGACGCGGAUACGGUAUGAGGGCAUGUAUUGCUGCAAGUUCUGCCCUUACUCCAGUCAUAAUCUAUGUCAUGUAAACCAGCACGAAAGGACGCACACAGGAGAGAAGCCUUUCUGCUGCUCUGUCUGCAAGAAAGCGUUUGCUGAAAUUGGUAACUUACGGAUUCACAUGAGGACCCACACAGGGGAGAAACCAUUCAGUUGCGAGGUUUGCCAGAAGGCGUUCGCCAGAAGUCAUGUCCUGGCGACUCAUAAAAGAGUACAUACGGGUGAAAGACCAUACAAGUGUGGCACGUGUGAGAGAGUAUUUUCGAAAAGAGAUCACUUGUUAUGUCAUGAGAAAACCCACAGUGGGGAGCGACGUUACAAGUGUGAAGCCUGUGAGAAAGCAUUUAAAUGCAUAGACUAUUUAAGUAGGCAUAGAAAGAAGUGCACAAGUGAGGAAUCUGCGACAUCUUAAGGUCAUUUGAAUGGAAGAGAUUUCAUGUUUUAUUGUGUGCUUCACUGACCGUAUGUUGUUUGUUCACCUGAAGUUGAGAAUCGGAGACAUAUUCAUUAGUUUUAAACGUUUUGAGUUGCAGUCUGGCAACAGCCACAGUUCUGCUACGUAGAAUUUUAUAUUGUUUUGAAUGGCCUUAUUAUAUUUACCUUCUGGAUAAAUUUUUGUUGUAGGACGUGUGGAGUUACUUUUCACUUCACUUUGAGUGGAUGAGGAAACUGAGUAGGUGUCCCUCUGAGCUAAGAGAUUUUAAGAUGCUCAAGUAGGAUGCGAUCAAUUUCCAACUUUAUCUGUGAAAAGUGGAAUCUAUCUGUUUAUCUCUUGUCUUGUUCACAGUGAUGUAUCACUCUCGUGCAGUUGUCUAGCUCUCAUACUUUUACUACUGUAUAUUGCUUCUUGCAUGAAAAUGCUGCCAAAUGUAGAUGCUGCAAUUAAAGUGUCCAAGAAAAAAGAAUUCAGUAUUUGUUCUAUAAGAGCCGAUUGAAGUAUAACCCCACUACAGCCCCUUUUAAUUACGAUUUCCUUUAAUCUAGAGCCUGAAGUAAACGGCAAACUUGAUUGUUCUGUACAGGGUUCGGCCAUGUCAGUACCGGUCCUGCUCGUUUUACAGAAGACUUUU